AUGCCGCCGUUCGCUCUUUUCGCCGCUACAGGAAAGACUGCGUUAUCGGCGGCCCGAUGGCGCUGGCGGGGCCCUCUAAACAGAGACAUGGGCCCAUGGGACCCAUUCAACCUACUGACUCUUUGUACACGCCCCAUCCAGCCACGGCCUGACUUCGGGGCCCAGCACCAACGGCCUUGGGCCUAUGUAAUUGCUCGUGGAAAGAGAAGAAAAAAAGAGGCCCCUCCAGCAACAACGCUACCGCUCGACUCCACCCCAGACGCUGUUUUGAUUAUAUUGACUUUGCGUGCGAGCUCCCUGGGCCUGCUGGCUUGCGAAGGAAUUGUACCUGUCUCUGUAUUGUACGUGAGUCUACUGAGCUGCCCGUACUCGGACGCCGAGUACCACGUCUGCCCGAAUAACACACGUAUCCGAGCACCCAGCUUUCAAUUGGCAGUCUGUGCAGCUGGCAGAAAUGGCGACUUGGACGUCAGCGGCUUACACGGAAAGGCCCAGGAGAUAAGUCGUGCGCGGCAUCAUGCCAAGAGCCAUCCGGGCCCCGAAAUCCAGCCGUGGUAA